CUUCCUCUAAAGGGGAGGGGAGGAGGAGAGAGCUGGAGUCCUCACUAGGGGACCGCUCAGGGGCAGCGGCUCUGUGCCUCCCUCUCUGGGUUGCUGCUGCUGCUGACCUGAGAGCCUGCCGCUCAACUUUCCUCCCGCUGCUGCGGGCGCUUUGAUUCGCCCAUUUCCCUGCUCUGCUUGCGGUGGCUGAGGACUCUCGAGGCGGUUUCCAAGGUUACUAAGAAAUUUGGAAACAUAAAGAUGCUUCUUGCUUUCUGAUCUCCAUUCUCCUCCUGACAGCUUUAUUUAAUGAUGCCACCAUCUAGUGUCUAACAUGCAGACAAUUCUGUGCAAGCGUUAUCCAAAUUUCGCAGAGCUCUGAUGGAGUUGUUCUUGUUGGAUAAGCAUGAGUAUAUGUGUAGGUGACAUAAAGACGUUGAACACACACAAGAUGAGAGAAUUUCUAAUGUGAAAGGAAAAAGCCAGGAAGUGCCAAGGAGGUGCUGCUCCCCAUUGAUUGGCAUUGACCAUUCUGGGCCUUUCCCUCAAGCACUGGGUGAAAAUGAGCAGCCUGUCCCGAGCAUGACGUCAUUGGCAAAUGUCAUUGCUUCCCACCAGUCAGAGUGGGUCUCCUUCAAUGAUGAGCUGCUCGUGCCGGUUACUUCGCAGGGUGGCACAGAAGAGCCUCUGGAAAAGUGUUUUUCCUCCUCCGACACCUCCUCAGAAGACAACCAUAAUGUGGAUGGAGAGUUUCAGGACUUCUCACACACUGAGCUGAGUAAUGACGUGGACAAGCCUGGGGUGGACUCUGCAUCAGUAUCUCUGCUUGGGAACCAUGUGUGUCCCAAACCUGAUCUAUCUUCAUCUAUCAGUAACUGGGUUCAAUUUGAAGAUAUGCCAUGGACCAGCACUUUACCAGCUCACAUACAAACAGCCCUUCCAUCAAGAGCACCCUGCUGGACUUCUCCCUCCUCAGAUUAUUCUGAGAGACAGCCCCUUGCCUCAGAGAGCAGCUGGACGACCAACUCAGAGGACACCAGCAGCCAAAGCAUUGCCCCCUCCUACACAGAUUUGCAGUCGAUAAAUACUGAAGAUCUGACCAGUGGUGGGGCUUCUGCAGCAGACUCAGCUGACAAUUCCUCGUCUUUCCAGGAAGAUGAAGAGGUAGAUAUGGAGGCUGUCAACUGGCAGCUGAACAGCACCCCCAUGAAUGGGCACUCUCCAACCCCAACCACAGCUCGUUUCCCCAGCUGGGUGACUUUCGAUGACAAUGAAGUCAGCUCUGCUUCCCUCCAGAACCUUUCUCCCUUGAAACCAGACACCCCGCCAAUAGCAACGCAGACUGCAGAUGUGAACUGUAAUCUUGCUGCAUCCUUUAAGAAGAGGGAGCGCCCCAAGAGCACAUUGGUGGACCUCACUAAAGUUCAAAAGCUAGAUCUUUCCUCCUUAAGUAGGCUGCCUUCUGUUGGAACACCCCCCUGGAGUGCUACUAAUCCCUUCCUGGAUGAGUCUCUGAGGGAUGUCCAACCCUCACCCAUCAACCCGUUCAGCUCAUUCUUAGAGGAACGAGAUAGGCGUUCCCACAGCUCCUCUCUCUCCAGUGCUCCAGGCCAAAGCCAAAGAGACUCCCUUAUUAUCCUCUACCAAGAACCUGACACCAUCAGCUUUGAUGAGUCAAGCAAAAACUUAACCCACACAGAUGCUGUCGAGCAGCUCAAGCAGCUCCAGAUUGGGGAUCCAGAUCACCUGAGCAGCACAACUCUACCUGAUGAUGACCCCCUGAUGCCAUUUGAAGUGGAUGGCACAUUGUUGAACUUGGCCCCAUCUCAGCCCAAGGACGGCUGGCCAAUGAUGCUCAGGAUACCAGAGAAAAAAAACAUCAUGUCAUCUAGGCAUUGGGGGCCAAUCUACGUCAAGCUGACUGCAAGCGGGUAUCUACAGCUUUUUUAUGAGAAGGGACUAGAGAAGCCCUUCAAGGAAUUCAAACUUGAGAUCAGUCAUGAGAUUUCAGAGCCCAAGCUCCAAAACUAUGAUGAGAAUGGAAGGAUACACAGCGUGCGUAUAGACCGCACCAUCUACAAGGAGAAAAAGAAGUAUCAGCCUAAACCAGCAAUCAGCCACGCAGCAGAAAGGGAACAAGUGAUAAAGCUAGGCACUACUGAUUAUGAAGACUUCCUUAGUUUUAUCAGCGCAGUUCAGGAUAUACUAAUGGACUUGCCAGCCUCAUCAGCAGAUCUGAGCACAGUAGGAUUAAACUAUCAAGAGGAAGAAAUCACUGUUGAUGUCAAGGAUGAGUUUCAUGGCAUCUUGGCCAAAGGAGACAAUAGGAUUCUCCAGCAUAGCGUGCUGACACAUAUACAUGUUCUCAGCUUCCUUUCUGGCCUUUCAGAAUGCAGACUGGGCCUUAAUGACAUCCUUAUAAAAGGGAAUGAAAUCGUUGCACGGCAGGAUAUUAUGCCCACCACUACCACUAAGUGGAUUAAGUUGUAUAACUGCCAGUUUCAUUCAUGUGUGGACGAGGAAAUGUUUAACAGCUCCCACGUUAUCCAGUUUAAUCCCUUGGAUGCCUGCCGAUUCGAGCUGAUGCGGUUCAGGACUGUGUUUGCUGAGAAGACUUUGCCUUUCACUCUGAGAACAGCAGCCACUGUCAAAGGUGCUGAAGUGGAGGUCCAGAGCUGGCUGAUGAUGUCCACUGGGUUCUCCUCCAACCGUGACCCUCUAACUCAGGUCCCCUGUGAAAAUGUGAUGGUCCGCUACCCAGUGCCAAAUGAAUGGGUGAAAAACUUCCGCAGAGAAAGUGUCCUGGGAGAAAAGUCUUUGAAAGCCAAGGUGAACAAGGGUGCCAGUUUUGGAUCAACCAGCGUGUCUGGUUCUGAGCCGGUAAUGAGAGUAACUUUGGGAACUGCCAAAUAUGAGCAUGCCUUUAAUUCCAUUGUAUGGAGGAUAAACCGACUGCCUGACAAAAACUCAGCUUCCGGCCAUCCCCACUGCUUUUUUUGCCACCUGGAGCUUGGCUCUGACCGGGAAGUGCCUUCCAGUUUCGUCCGCUAUGUGAACGUGGAGUUUGACAUGCCCACCACUUCGGCGUCCAAAGCCACUGUUCGGUCCAUUUCUGUAGAGGACAAGAGUGAUGUCAGGAAAUGGGUCAACUAUUCAGCACACUAUAGUUACAAGGUGGAAAUAGAACAGAAAAAGAACUUGAAUCUUGAUCUGAAGGGAGCAGAAAUUGAAAAUCCGAAGGAAUGUGCCAUGCAGUGAAGGAAGACUUGUCUGCAAGACCCAUGGGAGGAGCAGUAAUGUCAACGGACCCAGCUGAAGAGAACUACAACACCUAGCUUCUGCUGUAAGAGGGACGGUUUUAUGGCCUGCAGCAUGCAGGGGGUCAGACCAGAUGAUCAUAAUGGUCCCUUCUGACCUUAAAGUCUAUGAGUCUAUGAGUCUAAGUACAAAGCAGUACUUUUUUAAAAAAAUGCUCUUCAGUGUGACUGUAUCUUGAGUUUCCUGGCUCACUAUGAUCUGUAUUUUGGCAGGAGGUUCAUUGACGGUUUAUUUAGAAGAGCUUAGGGAUUUGCUGGAACAUUUUAAAUUCAUCCAAUGUAUUGACAGAAAGACUUACACUACAUUCAAGCCUGCCUUCCUUUCUGCUUCUUCACCAUUUACCUUUCUGCACUGAAGUAUGUUAUGUCGACAACUGCAGCCAAAACAAAAAGCAACCCUGACCUCGCUUACAGUCUUCUCCUAUCAUUUGAAUGUUUUCUUGUAAACGGGUGGUUUGGUCAUCAGCAGAGCCUUUCCUUGGGAUCUGCAGAAUAAAACCUUUUGAGAGCUAAGCAAUGGGGGAACUGGGGAACAGCAAGGGGAAAAGUGGUACAUGAAAAGGUCUUUCUUUUAUGAAAUAGUCAACAGAAUAAAAAUUUCCCUACAUCCAGAACAUAGUGAACACCAAGGAAAUAAACAACAAAUAAUAUGGCUGA